AUGCUGCGCGCCCUUGUUGAUUCAGACGACCCAAAGCCAAUUACCGUCGAGAAGAACCCCAUCUCGUCGGACCUUCGCUCCCACAUUUUCUUUCUCGACGAUCGCAGCGCAUUCUUCCAAGUACAAUCCCCUGAUUCACAAGACCGUACAACGGAGUUUCCCAUCACUGACUGUGGUGGGGCAAAGAUACGACAUCAUCUAGAAACAGACGAGCAACUUUCGAAGGAUCUCAUCGGAAUGAUGAGCCGAUACGCAACGAUGCAAGACCUGCCUCAGACGAGAGACUUUUGCUGCUGGCCCAGCUAUUACUCAACAUUCGAGUUGGAGAAGGAACAUACACCAGCACACGGGCUCCAAUGCCAACUAGCAACGCUGGCUCACUAUACCAACACGCCACCUGAGACGCAAAUCAUCAAGAUCGAAGAUUGCAGCCAGUUCGAGGCCACUGCUACACAUCCAGAUGCACCACAAACAUCGUUCAUGGAUGACGAUGUUUGCUCUGGCGAUGCCACCUCUCAUAUUGUUCAUCCAGCUGUCAACAUCAGUUCGUUCAUGGCUACCGGUGGGCCCACCUUAGCCUCGGUGGCAGAAAGCACACCAACAACAAUUUUAUCGUGCAGUGCACCCAUGACCACACCCGAGGAAUGCAGUAGGUGUUCUCUUCAAACAGAGUGGACAAGCAUCAGAGAAAAUGCGUUAUCGGAGUCCCCAAGGCCGCCCUAUGAAAGCUCCACAUCGAUUGUCAAUAACAGUUUUCUUUCAACUACCACGUCGCUCCCAUGGCUAGCCUUUCAGUUCCAUCAAGCAGCCGACGUGCCAAGUCAGGGUACUAGCCACGAUCAUUCCACAUGGGACACACAUCAACUAUCGAACGAGACACAACUAUACGGGGACAUCAGUAGCGCAUUUGACCAGCUUGCUGCGGUGAGCAAUAGUUCGGUCGAUCUCCCACAAUUCGACAAUGACAGCCUAGACAUUACCCAGCCCUUGUUGUUCUCAUCAUCCACCACGAAGUUCGAUCAACCCGUGGUGAUGUCCAGUGGCGAUGGCUGUGCAGCUAAUGAAGGAUGGGGCGAGUCUUUCCCUACUGUCAACUUUCACCAAUGCGACAGCAGUCCCUGUAGACCUGAUGACGCUUGGCAGCCACAGAGUCCCGGUGAUAUAAAUGCCCUGUUCCAGGGCCAGCUGUUGGGAAGACCAAUUGCUUAUCCCCGUGAGACGAGAAACGCAUUCCUGGUCGACUGUAAGCUCCGCGGCCUGUCCUACAAGGACAUCAAAAGAAUAGGUGGCUUUGAGGAGGCCGAGUCAACCCUCCGUGGAAGAUUUCGCAUGUUGACCAAGUCCAAAGAGCAACGUGUAAGGAAACCCCAAUGGCACGAGAGAGAUAUUCGCCUUCUCUGCGAAGCGGUAGUUGUUUGUUCGGAGACCAGAAAGCAGGCAAAGGGUCACUACGCCUUUUGCCGCCCUCAGAGAGCGAACAGAUCACCAAAGGUCUCCUGGAAAAAAGUUGCUCAGUACAUCUGGGCUAAUGGAGGGUCUUAUCACUUUGGAAACGCAACUUGUAAAAAGAAGUGGUGUGAGGUUUCUGGCAUGAACUUCUGA